AUGGGCGACCAUUUUUCCUUCGAUCUGGCGGUUUCGAUUCAUACUGUUAACAUAACAUUUAGUACCGUUGUUAGUUUGCAUUUGGGCACUUUUUGUGGUUUUGUAUAGCUUUAAAAAAGAAACAGCCGUGCCUAAUUUUCUGUCCUUUUACAAAGAUCCUCAGUUGCGAUGGCCUGGUGAAGUUUCGUUGAAGUGCGGUUCGCCUCAGUUAAACCUCAGCAAAAGACAAUUCGCCCAGACUAUCAGAAUUAGACCCAAUUUUUAGCGGUAAGUGUUUGAAUAUUGUUCAUUGUCUGUUUGCCGUUGAGAAAGGAUAAGUCCAGUGUAGUCUGAACUUUUAUGGCAGCCAGUUGAGUGCCAAAAAGGACAUUAUUUCGCCCCAAGUCUCUAGUCACAUUCACACAAACUUUAGUAUUAAUGUGGCUAAAGACUAAAAUCACACAAAAAUAGAAUUUCAUCUUUCAAAGUCCAAAGAUAGUUCUUUUGCCAACGAGGUUUCAUUUGAAGGGUAAUGUGCCGAUCAAUUUGAAACUUAUCAUCCCCCGCCUCUGGAGGCACCAACCCCCCCCCCGAGAUUUGUAUUUCUUCAGACAGGUCUUUUGAAUUUUCUGUCCAGUGUUCUACCAUGGUCCUGGAUUUGAUUGUCAAAUACCCCUCACUUAAAUAAUUGCUGUUUGGUAAAUGUUGUGACUUCCUCUUAGUUUUCACAGGAGCCAUAAGGGUUUGUGAGGGUUUGCUUGGUUGUGAGUAAAAACUACCUCCUUAAUCACAUCACUUUUUGAUACACGUUGUUGGUCAUUUAACAUUAUUUUCAGUUUUUUCACUUUUCAUUGGCAAGUUAUUCUAACCGUAAAUAACAACUACGGCAACUUCUCCUAAAGCCAAGUGUAGGAGGCACCUUGACAGGCAAAGUCUACUUGAUGUUGAUCGGCAAUAAAAAAUACAAAAUUUUAAAAUUACAUUACCUGGUACCUUAAAAAAUAUUGCAUUGGUUUUUUAGUCCUUUUGUUAAUGUACAUAGCCAUUCCGACACUAAUGAAACAGGGUGCAAAGAAAAUCAUUUGCCAUUCGGGCAAGCUGAAGUUAGCAUUUACUAGCCCAGACGUCAUUUCAACUAGCCCCAAAAGCUUUUCGUCGAGCACAAUUGAUUUCACACUUCUUCUGUUAUUCGAAUUCCUCAAAGAAGAUCACUUGCCCGUCGGGCAAGUUUAAAAACAGAUUUCACUAGCCCGAUAGCAAAAUCCACUAGCCCCGGGCUAUCGGACACUACUUUCUUUGCACGCUGUGAAAUGUCUUUUCCUGUAAACAUUUCCUUCUCAUAGAUGUCAUGGAACAAUAUUGUUAGACACCAUGCAGAUUGUAUAAUGAAAUUUAACUUCAGACACACCCAUUCAAAUUCUCUCUCUUACCCAUCCCCCCCCCCCCCAGAAAUGCCUUAAAGAUCAUAUUCCCUACUCCAACCCCCCCCACCCCUGUGGAGCAUAUAAGUUGUUGAAACAGUGUACAAAGAAAGUAGUGUCCGAUAGCCCAGGGCUAGUGGAUUUUGCUAUUGGGCUAGUGAAUUCUGUUCUUAACUUGCCCAACGGGCAAGUGAAGUAUUUUGAGGAAUUCAACUUACAGAAGAAGUGUGAAGUCAAUUCUGCCCAUCAAAAAAUUUGGGGGCUAGUUGAAAUGACGCUCGGGCAUGUAAAUGCUAGCUUCAGCUUGCCCGACUGGCAGGCUGUAAAAAUGACUUUCUUUGCAUCCUGUGAAGUUUUAAAUUGAUUGGCAAAUGACACCAUAUUCAUCCAAGAUUAUAUUUAAACUUAAAGUCAAGUGACAAAUAAUCUUGCAUAACUUUGUCCUUAGCACAGUUAUGGCAUGUAGGUGACCACCAAAAACCUGCUUUCGUAGUAUUAGGUGCUAGGAGGGAAAUCCUACAAAAGUAUGAAUUAUUUAGUUAUUAACUGUUUAAAAAAAGGGAUAAUAGGCAGAUUUCAUGAAACAAAUUUCACAAUACAUGUAAUUCGUAAUCAAAAUUCUCAGUGAAUUUCUCAUUUUUGAGUAGCAAUCACUCAUUUUUAUCUUUUCUGUGCUGUGAUCUUUUUAAUCUAUUAUUUUAUAUUAAAGAUCCAGAAGGUUUAUCUGUAACUAUUCUGGUUUUAGGGUGAAAAACAAGAUUUUUUUAUCAGCUUGAUAGAGACAAAAAAUUGUCUUGUUGUUCUAGCUUGCUUUCCUCAUUUGAUUUUUUCAUUAAUGCCUGUCCCCUGUUUGUAACUUGUGUCAGGACCUUACAUUUCCCUCUACAGUAAAUGUAUUAUUAUUUUAUCAAUUUGCAUUAAUAUAAAAUGUGAUCACUGAUUUUGGAAUGCAUAUUGUGCAGAUAACAUGGCAGAAAUUGUCACACCUGCUUGUGGCGCAGGGGAGGCAACUGGAAAUACGGAUAUGGACAAAAAUGGCAAGUAGCUUUAAAUAAAUUUAGCAUUCUUAAUUAAUCAGCCUGUUUCAAGAUCAUGCUUGCCAAUUCCCUACUCCAGAAACUAAGGAGUGUAAGGAGAAGGGGUACAAGUUUUUAGUGCAACAAUUUUUGGAAAUCCCAGACUGUAUUCAAAGCUAGUACUCAUUCUCCCUUUAGUUUCUUGAGUGGGAACUUUUACUAAUACACUGGCUUGGGCAGUGGCUGAUCUUGUUGACAGGCCAAACAAGUUUUAGCUCAGUCUAGGCUAGUUUCUGACCAGUCAAAAAUGACCAAGAAUCAAGGCAAAAUUUUAAACUCAGCCCCGCUGGCUCGUUUCUGCAUGACCAGGCAAAAUGUUUAAAAGUGGCAAACUGCUAAUUGGCUUUCAAAAAGCUCCAGAACAAGAUUGUCUUAUCUUCUAAUUUGUAACCGCAAGCAGCUACAAUUAAUAUUGUUUAAAUUAACCGUUUUUGUAAUUAUUUACAGAAUUUAUGUGAAUAAGUUUAUACACAGUUAGUUUUGGGAGGACCGAAAGGGGCGGCGGAAAUCAAUCCUAUCCAAUGUGGGGGUUAAAUAUUUCCUUGAGAUCAUUGUUGAUCAGGUCUCCUCUCUGCUGUAGGGCCACCAAAUAGCAGGGAAUGUUUCUCUGCAUCUGUUCAGUUCAAAUCCUCUUCUGCCACCCAUGCUAUUGAACACCUUACAGGAGCACUAGAGGUAUAUGUUGAUGAAACUACAUAUCAGAUAGUAGAGGAAUUAGGCACAAGGCAGGCGUUUGGAUCAUUAACCAACCCAGGUUACUCAACUGCUGUCAUGGAACAAGGGGUGGGAAGUUCUGAUCCUCCUGUAGUACAACAGAACAACACAAUGGAAAGGCAAGACUGUACUGUAAUGGACAUGGAUGACUCAAAUGAGUUUUUGCAACAAGGUCCUUCCAGUAAUAAUCUGUUAGUAGUGCAUCAGAGCACAGCAGAUAGCCAGGCCUUUGCUGCCAUCAAUACAGAACGGUCAACUGCUGUCAUGCAUAUACAACAAGAAUCAGCCAUUAAUGAGUCAGCUAUUGAACAUCGAACAGAACAAGUAGAAACAGUAACUUAUCAGAUCUUGGAGCAAGGCACAUUGAGAGCUAGAAACAAACUCAUCGACAGCAAUGGCUACACUUACAACAUCAGAACUCAUUCUAAAGCAGCUACAUAUUGGCAGUGCUCUGUAAGACCUAAAGUAAAUCGUUGUAAAGCUUCUGUGGUACAGCGUGGUGAUUCAUUCUGCCUCGGAAAAAGUGGCCACAAUCAUGCUCCCAAGACUGUAUUAAAUGCUCGCACAAGAAUUUCAGCAAGGGUGAAACAGCAGGCAGUAAAUAAUCCACUUAAAUCGACAAACGCCAUUGUGAACGAGGUAUGCUUAGUACCACGUAGUAACACUCAAAGUUCUUGUGAGCAUUCAAAAUAAAAUGAAUGAAUGAAUGAAUGAAUGAAUGAGCCACGACCACCUCAGAAAUCUUUUAAGGGGGUCGCAACUACAUGUAGAGCUGGCGGUUAAGUUUUUUCUGAAGGUGGAUGGUGCUAUCCAUUGCAAUUACUUAGUCUCGCUAACAAUUAUUAAAGUACUAUCAGUCUAUCCAGCUUUUGAACCCGUUGUGGGUACUCCAGCGACCUAUCACUGGGAUAGGCAUGUGCUGCCCAGGUUAUUAAACCCCGACCCUAUUUUAAGGUAAGGAAAACGACUUUUGACAUCCUGUUUUAUACUCAACCUGAGAAAAGACUCCGAAUUCAAGGGAAAAACAAAGGAUAUAAAUUAAAUGGCAACACACAAACCUUCGUUCAACAGAUGAUUUUUUCUCUUGUGGCUGGGUAUUUACGCCCUGCCCCUGAAUUUUGUCGAAGGAUAACACUGGGAACAAAACACCAAUAAGGGCAAAAAUGAUACCGUACUGAAGGUUCAAGACCCUGUAAAACCAUACGCUACAGUGUAGGCCAUUUGCACGACGGCAUAAUUUUACUACUAAUACGGAACUACUACUGCUGCUACUACUGCUACUAUAAAAAUGAAUGAAAAAGCGAAAUGAAUUCUGGUCUUAGUUAGUAAAAAGACGUCAUCAUAUGGCCCAUUGUUAGGACCACUCAGAUCAAAAAGGAUAAUCUGACUUCCUUUAGGUGAGUCGACUUGAGCUCGAAACGCCCCGACUUUGUUCUGACAAUUCGUGUGCACAAGUACCUCGUUUAAAUAAUAGAAGGAGUUCCGGCGCUUGGUAUUCUUAUUGGGGUUAGAUUUUUGCGAUUUUUUGGCUGUAUUAAAGAGUAGCCUUUUCUCAAGCCUUAGAUGAAACGUUUUGUUUUGCUGGCAUCAAAUAAUAAUGUCAGAAUCUUUCUCUUAAUUAUUCAAAAGGUUCUUCUAGAAGAGUUUGGUGGUUCGCCAGCCCCUGAUUUUGUAAAGCCAGCGAGUCUUGCAAGGAAUGCAAACAGAGCACGUCACUCGUUAGGACCUCGAGAUCCUAACAACCACGCGUUUAUAUUGGAUGAGGAUCACUUACCAGUGGGGUUCCUGCGGAAAGACAUCGUGAAGCAAGGGAGGCGGUAUCUUUUAUUUGCAACCGAGGAACAAAUACGACUCUUGAGUAAAGCAAAGAGUUGGUAUAUAGAUGAAACAAACAAAUUUUGCCAAGAGCCAUUUAAGAAGCUUUUAACAAUCAGCGCCUUUGUAGCUCUUGAUUAUGAUGCCAAACAAGUGCCGCUGGUGUUUGCUUUGAUGUCUGGCAGUGAAAGAAAGGACUACCGUAAGGUAUAAUUGUAGGGAGUUCACUGACAUGCCACGACGGCGACGGCAACAAGAGCGUCAAAAAAGCAAUAGACUGAAUAGGCAAAACAACAACUCUGCAUCUGCGGCACGCUUUCUUAUACAUUUCUGUGUCGACACUACACAACUUCGACAUGAAAAUGCCUAAUUUCACGUUUUAUGGUGCAGGAGAAUUAACGACAACGAAAAUUUCUUUCUCUUUCUGAACUCGGAUAUUGUUCUUCGAAAUUCAGCUCCAAAAGAAUUCUCUUGCGUUUUAAAAAGUAAGCGAGUUGGAAUAAUCGUGAUAGAGAUUCAAAGAACGCGAGUUCACUGAUUUUUAAGCGACGUUUUUGCCGCCGUCGCCGUCUUGGUGUAGGGACAGCACGGCCGAGUGCCUUUUUUUUCAGAUUUCAGGUUCUGUUUUAAAGGGGCAAUGUCGCUAGAAUUAUCUCAUGAUUUCAUGUGAACUUAUAUUUUCUUGUGUACAACUUGCAUUGGCUUAGACAGCAAAGCAAAGACAUCAACAUCAUCCAAGAUGCACGCAUGUUAUCGCCCGAGUGGGUUUUCAAGUAGCACAAAACCAUUAACGUUAAUGACUGUUAAAGAGUUGUCGAGAUUUUCUGUCAAAAUGCGCGCAUGUUAUUGAGUUUUCAAGUAGCACGAAACCAUUAACAAUAAUGACUCUUAAAGCGUUGUCGAGAUUUCGUCGAUUUAAAAACGAAUGAAUUGAUGUUAAUUAAUUGGGGUGGGGGUGCAGAUUUCUAAAUCUAGGCCGACAGCUGCAUAUAUUGUCAGCCCACCUUCAGCUGGACUUAGCAUAGCUAACAACCGAAGUUUCCUUUAUCUAUUAAAAUACGAUUACUAAAAUUUGUUAACAGUUUUUGCCGCGCUAUUACAAAAAUCACAAAUUAUAGGUUACAUUGGAGUCUUCUACGUAUUUUAUAUAAACAAAAUAAAACGGAAGUGGUUUGAUUUUCAGUCUUUUUAUACAGCUAAUUCUGCCUUCCUUUUCACUUUUCUAGGUUAUAAAGAAAAUCCUGGCUUUACUGCCCUGCGCACCAUCCGUACGGGAAGUUACUCUGUUCUUUGAUGAGGUUUUGUGGGCUGUGUUACGUCGUGCCCUUCCUGAUGCAAAUAUUAGGGGAUGUGUUUUAUACUGGAUGAAGCUUGCGUGGAAAGCAGUAAGUGUGGAAUUUAAAACGAAUCAAACCUCAAACUCUCUACUGAUUGGUUUUUCAGAAUCCUUUUUUCUUAGUUCCAAAAGCUUUGGGCUGAGUUUAACCCGCGUUUAACAAAAUUACGUUUUAUGCCCUUUUAGUGUGCCGAACGCUUUUAUGUAAACACCAUUUAUCGUGAACAAUUUCAUGAAAGCAUAUGGCGUGGACUUGAAAAGCAUUUGUCUUCUUAAAAUAACCCACUGAGGAAGAUAUCUGGAGGUUCAAAGAUUUGCUAAACCGUGGUCUAAGUUAGACUUCGUUUAAUAAAUAACCGACAGAUUUGAAAGCUUUCGGUUUAUAUAAUUCACAGGUUGAAGUGCAUGUAGGUUCUUUCUUUGCGGAUUUAGAAGCUUUAGGUAAUUUUCUUUGCAGAUCCAGGAGCUUAAGCUGCAGACUAAGUACCAGAAUGACAACGAAACCAACCUCUUUCUUCGCAAAGUAAUGGCUUUACCGUUCUUACCAGAAGAAGAGAUUCAACCAAUGUUUGUUCGGCUGUGGGUGCAAGCGUCUACUGCACCUCUACAGCUUUUCAUUCAGUAUAUUUCAACGGCUUGGAUAUACAACACAACCUGGCCGCCAUCAACUUGGAGCGUGUUCAACUCUGCAGUCCGUACACACAAAGAUGCAGAUAGAUGCCAUCCUUCGUCAGGCAAGAAUCCGAUGCCUUUGUAUCUUCUCGUCAACUUUUUAUACCAACAAGCAAGUGAGCUUACCCCUCUACAGUUUAAACCGCUUUCAGAAAAGAAACUAAAAAAGAUGAGAGUCACACUUAGCAGCCACCCGGCGGCAAAGUUCUUUCAUCAUUGGGAAGAGUACACUAACAAAAUGAAGUCAGCGGCGCAGCUGCUUAAGGCAUGCUCGGAUGUUACUGGGUUAAUUUCAUUGAAAUAGAACAGUUUGAUAAGUACUGUAUUUUAUCUUUAGGUUUGGUAACUUAUUGUUAGAUUUAACAUUUUCUAUGUGGAGAAAAUUACUAAGGGAUUAUCAAAAAUGAGCAAAGUGCAAGUGCGUACUUUUUUAAGUGGGAACAAAGGAGAUUCGACUUAUUUUGCGUUUGUGCGAGUAAUAGUUGUCCACUUUUUGCAGCAGCUAGAAACUUAAAGUUGAAAAACACUGGCGCCAUUUUUUAAACGUAACCAAUGGGUGUCAGUUGAACACUAACUCCGAGUCGGAGUCGACGGCUGUUAGCUCUUCGGUCUUAUUUUGGGUUUUGUGCUCUUUGUUUUAUUUACUUUUUAACCGAACUAUUCGAACUGUUUAACCUUUUAGGAAAUGUACAACAUUGUUGAUGAUUUACCCGCCUGAGACAAGCAUUUGGCCUCUGAUCUUGCUUCGAAUGUCAACUGUCCAAUCGGUCAAUUGCCUACAAUUUCUGCAGACUGUCAGAAAACAUACUGUCCACUUGAAUCAGUGCAAACUAGGGCUGCUUACCGCAUUUCCAAAUCUCUUGAUACUUGAUAGUGACAAAUUAAUAUUUUUAACUGAAAUACGCCAUUCGAACCUCUUUAUGAUUACCAUUUAGAGGUGAGGUAUUAAAAUAAAACUCUGACUAUUUAAAGGGCACUAACCACACUAGUUUGGGGGAUAUUCUCAUUUUGGCCACCCAGCAAUUUCGCUAUUUUCGAUGGUU